AUGACUAAGAUUGAAUCUUUCUCCUUACUUUCGGUUUAUGAUAUUGAAAAAUACGAAACAAGGGAAUUUGAAGCCGGGGAUUACAAAUGGAGACUCGUAAUCUAUCCCAAUGUGCACUGUCAGAAUAAAGAAAAACGCAACCAUAUUUCUGUAUACUUGGCUAUGGUUGAUACUAGUUCUUUGCCCGUAAACUGGGAGUUUAAUGCCAUCUUCACCAUCUUCCUCUAUAAUCAGAUCCUAGAUAAUUAUCUUUGUGUGCGAGUGAACGGAACAAACGGGCGACGCUUCAACAAUGCAAAAUCUAUAUGGGGAUUUCCCAAAUUCAUCUCUAAGAAAAUUUUGGGAGAUGAAUCAAGUGGAUACAUUAUUAACGACAACAUUGUUCUUGGAGCUGAAGUUUUUGUCCUCAAAACACCAAGGGUGAUCGAGAGUGUGAAUUUGUUCCACCCGGCAUCACAAUAUCCGCAAAAACGUGAAUGGAAGAUUCAUGAAUUCUCCAAAUUGAAAGCAGAUAUUUUGUUUUCUGAAAUUUUCACCAUAGGAGAUAUCAACUGGUAGUUUGUUCUCUCAUUCCUUUUCUUAUAUAUCCAUUUGGCUUUCUCUUGAAUUUCCAAAAAAACCAUAACUACUAGGAACCAACUGUAUCGUCUGGUCCUUCCGACGAGUGCGUCAAGACUUUAAGUGAGAAACCCCUAUUCCACAUCCAAAAAAUGUGGAAUUUUGUAAUUAUAAAAACUCUCUUGAAAUAUUGCUAAAAAAGCUACUCUUUUUUUUUAAUGUUAAAAAACUCAUAAAAAAUAUUUUUGCAUAUUUAGGCAGAUGAAGUUAUACCCAAAUGGAGCCGAUCCCAGUUCAAAGGGUGGUAGUCAUUUGUCAAUAUUUUUGGCAUGUGUUGAUUCCGAUAGAUUUGAUGCUCGUAAAAAAGUAAAGACAGAGUUCUACAUACGCCUAAAAUGCAGGGGUGAUUUCCACCACUCCGAAAAAUGUGAGUUGUGAAUUUGAUUUUUUAUUUCUAUUUUUUAAUUAUUUCUAAUGAUAUUAUAUUCUUUAAUAAUGUUGAAAUUUCCAUGUGGCAGUUUCUGUAUGGUUUACAUCCUCGGUUAAGGAUUGGGGAAAGCAUAAAUUCAUUAGUCUUGCUGCACUGAGGGAUCCCAGAUAUGGCUACCUAGUUGAUGAUUGCCUCACUAUUGAGGUUGAAAUUUUGGUGCAACUUGUGGAGUAAUAAGACACUAUAAUUUCAUAUUUGGACAGCUUAUCUAUCUCUAUAGCCUAUAUUUCAAAUAAGUUUUUUAUGUUUCCGCGUUUCGGAUGCGUUUUUGUGUCGGAAAUCUACCGGAUACCUCAUGGGUCAUUUUGCGAUUUCUAAUAAGUUAGAAACAUGUUUGAACGUCAAAUGAAAUAUUUUUUUUUUU